CUACUAAAAUACUGUAAGUCCAGGAUGGGAUACUGGGGUCGGGAAAUCGAGCAUCGUUUGUCGAUUUGUCCAGGACCACUUUGAUCACAAUAUUAGUCCCACUAUUGGAGCAUCCUUUAUGACCAAAACUGUGCCUUGUGGGAAUGAGCUUCACAAAUUUCUGAUCUGGGACACAGCUGGUCAGGAACGGUUUCAUUCCUUGGCUCCAAUGUACUACCGAGGUUCGGCAGCGGCCGUGAUAGUUUAUGAUAUCACCAAACAGGAUUCAUUUCAUACUUUGAAGAAAUGGGUGAAAGAACUAAAAGAACAUGGUCCUGAAAACAUUGUAAUGGCCAUCGCUGGAAACAAAUGUGAUCUUUCGGAUAUCAGGGAGGUUCCUAUGAAGGAUGCCAAAGAAUAUGCAGAAUCUAUAGGUGCAAUUGUUGUUGAAACCAGUGCAAAGAAUGCUGUUAACAUUGAAGAACUUUUUCAAGGAAUAAGUCGGCAAAUUCCACCCCUAGAUCCUCAUGAAAAUGGUAACAAUGGAGCAAUCAAACUUGGAAAGCAGACUUCACAGACGGGUAGGCGGUGCUGCUGACCCAACUUGAUCUUUUUAGAUUUACUUGAAAAACAGCACCAUUUGCUUUUCUCGCUGAGAAAGGACUUCAUGAUCUCAGUGACGUGGCUCCUUAUCUUGAAAGCAGUCAUUUCAUUACUUCCCAUGAGCAAUAAUGCAAGGACCAGAAGCAGAGAGCUUUACUUCAAAGGGAUUUUGCAAAACCAAGUUGGAAAAUCCUCUCUAAUAUCCUGUCAAAAUUACAAUGUCAAAGCGCUCCGAUUCUCUGUUUAAGCCAAUGACUGUUUUGGGGGUUUUUUAAUAAAAAGAUCCUUUUAUAUAUAAAUCUUAGAUUUGCUGCAAAAACUUCUUAAAUUGCAAAGUGGACGUGGCAUGUCUUUAGAGUUUUCUCUGUAAUGAUAGGGUAAAAAAACUGCCAUAAAUCCCUGAAUUUUGGCUUACAGUUUGUCUGCCAUCUUUCUAGCUGGACUCUGCUUUUGUAUUUUCCUACAUCUGUAGCUUCAUCUCAUGCUUUCAGUAAACAUCAGCAAAUAAUGGACUGAGUUUGCUAACUAGAAAAAAAAAAUGGAUCCAAAGGAUGAGCGAGUGCAAUUUUUACAGGCUAGAAGUCAAAAUCUGUGUCAGGAGGUCCUGUGUAUGUGAAAGAAGGAGUUGUCAUGAAGGAGACUGCUGGACUCCACGCAGUUCCCAGUCUGCUCUGGAAAGAAGUGAAGACGCAGCCACUGUGCUUUGCCUGGAUUGAUUCCCUUUCCAGGGCAUAGGCUUCGUUAAUUACUGAAACUGUAAAAAGAACAUAAAUGCCAGCUUAAUUGCCACUACUUACCAAGUUUCCUCCAAAUCUGUGCCCCAGACCAUAGUUGUCUCUGCUCUCAGAGAUGCCACUUCCCUGCUUUCCAAAAGACAGUGCCACACUGCCCCGCUCCUUCGUGGUCUCGCUGCGGUGCUCCAAGAAGACUUCAAGUUGGAAAAAUGCUAUUUCUGUAGAAAAACAGCGUAAGAGAGCACAAUAUAAUUUGGGGUUAAAGGCUGGAAUCUAACAAAACAAACCAGAGUGUUUCUUUACAAAUGCAAUUCUGUGAAUUUGUGGAGUGGUCUCCUCACCCACUUGGGGAUGCAGUAUGGAAGACCCACAGCACAAUACUUUUGAAGCUUGAUGCACUUGAAAAUGCAGCGUAGAAGAAAAAAAAUACAUUAGGUGGUUAUGAACUAAAUGUAAAACUGUAUGCGUUCUCCACUUCCAUCUUUUAUGAAUGUGUGUGACUGAAAUGAUAAAAUACGAAUUUAUCUUCAUCUAGGAACUAGGGUAAGAAUGCAGGCUUCAAAACUAAAGCCCAGCCUGCAUCCCAAAACAUUCAUUUGUUCUUUUAUGAGGAAAAUUACCCUCACAGCACAUUUGUUGGGGGACUUAUGAAAAAGCAAACAAAAGGGGAAAAUAACUUUGCCCAAUAAAUCGUGAACAGGCAGGCUAGAGUUGGGCUUCCGUGUUUAUACAUAAAAAACAGACCUUACUGCUUGGUUGUGAGGUUGCUUUGAUAAAAUGGCACUGAUUAUUAGGGCUUGAGACAGAGCCAGAUGAAAUCAAGAGGAACAUUUCUCUGUCUUCAGGGGACUUGAAGUAGUUAUAGGUGGGAAACGUCCCACCAGAUUUUAUCUAAGAAUCUAAGCCGCGUUGUUUUUUCACAUCACAUCCAUUUCUCAGAUCUUUAAGACUCCUUUGAAAGUGCUCGUACUUGAAAAUAUGGCCUUGGAUAAUACGCAGACUCAGACAGCUACCAUGAGAAAGGAUCUUUCAAGUAAGCUUUCAGUUGUCACCCGUGCUGAUACACGAUCCGUGUCGCUGCUUCAUUGCAGCAACUGGUUUACAGAUAAUCCUGAAGUGAAAAUUCAGCAAUCAUCAUUGUUGAUAAUUGCGGAGGGAGACAGGCUCCUUUAGGGAACAUUUCAUCCCAUCCUAGCACGAGCAAGUCUGCUGUGGGUGCCUGGCUCUUUCCAGCUGGCUGUGGAGGGAAAGGUUAACCUGGCCUUCAGCGCUAAAGAAAUAUCAAACUUACCAACAUCACAGAUUCAUAAGUUUAUGGGAUCUGUGAGCCAAUGCUGCAAGAGGUCUGGUUCUUCCUAAAUAAAGCCCAGUAAAAAGCUAGUUCUGUUACCAAGAAAACAAGGUGAGAUUGAACCCAUGUUUUUAAAGGUGUCAUAAAUUUUAGUUCAACAUAUGGUAGUUAUGCAUAACUGACUUUUAAGCUUUCAUAGUUCUUUGUGGCAUAAUUCUCUGUUUUUAAUGUGACAUCUAAAAACGCAUCAAACCCUACUUGAGGUGUCUGAAAGUUUUGCAAAACAAUUCUGCGAGUACCUUGUAUGCUCUAAUUUAUGCUAGAACUGGCAAUUGAUGCUGAUCUGUAUGGAAUAGAUACUGUCUUGAACAACCAGCUUUCACAGCUGCCAUUGAGCCGUAUGUGAAUCAGAACAGGUUCAUGAGUUGUAUGUUAGAAUAGUUUUAAAUUAGAAGUUGUUACAAUGGAUCUCUGGCAGAUUUUAAAAUUCAAAUGCUGGCUAAGUAGGCUCAAAGAUAUUUUUGCAUUUGGUGGGCCAGAUCUAAAUCACCUUAUUCUGCUUUUAGUCAAGAAAAAGAUGAAUAAGGAUUCUGAUUGUAUAAAUUCUUGAGAUUUGGGUUAUGGUAGCUUCAG